GCACUUCUGUUGCGGACAUCCCGAGACCCACCCACCCGAGCCACUCUGUCCUGGAAACGGCCGCGGAGAAAGCAUCCAGCAAGAGAACUCGCGCCGCCGAGAGGGCAGCGGCCCCUGGGCACUCUGGCCACAUAAAACAGCUCACCUGUGAGCCUACCGCCAGCCCCCUCUAGGCGGAGCCAGGCACGGCGCCCUUCCGGAUUGGACGUGCUCGAAAUCCUGGGGCGGGCAUUAAGGCCGAGCGUUCUAGGGGAUUGGUCACUCUGGCGGACGGACGUGCGACCGACGGAGCUGGUUCGCCCGCGGCUCCGGCUGGGUGGAGGGCGGGCACCUCUCGGCGGGUCCCAUGUCAGUCAUUGGCUCACUGCGGUUUCCUUGGGGACGUGGCGCCGCAGGCGUCUAAGGCCUCCUUCCGGCUGGGUUAGAGGCCCGGGGAAAACCUCUGGACCCUGCAGUGCAGGGUUGAGGGAGACGGCGGGCCGUUCGACCCGUGAGUGUGCGCGCGAGAAGACUGCGGCGCCGGGAGAGGAAGCGGGGACCUCCAUCCCCGCCACCUGGCGUCUGUGGGUUCCUCGAGGAUGCCGCUGACCCUCUAGAACGCCCUGCCCCCAGGAAACCCGGCCUUCAGACUUAGGAAAUGCCUGGGACGAGGAGACCACCUUCUCAAGGCAAAAAGAAAAGGAGGUGACAGGCGUUGAGACCACUGAAGGGAGCCCAUGGCUAGGAUCAGUUUUUCCUACCUCUGCCCAGCCUCCUGGUACUUCACUGUGCCCACAGUGAGCCCAUUUCCUCGUCAGCGGGUGGCAUUCCUAGGACUCUUCUUCAUAUCCUGUCUCCUUUUACUUAUGUUAUUCAUGGACUUUCGACAUUGGGGUGCUUCCCUACCACGAGAUAGGCAAUACGAAAGAUAUUUGGCUCGAGUAGGGGAUCUUGAAGCUACUGACACUGAAGAUCCAAAUCUAAAUUAUGGACUUGUUGUGGACUGUGGCAGCAGUGGCUCCCGGAUUUUUGUUUAUUUCUGGCCAAGACAUAAUGGGAACCCCCAUGACUUGUUGGACAUCAAACAGAUGAGAGACCACAACAGCCAACCAGUGGUUAAAAAAAUCAAGCCAGGAAUCUCUGCAAUGGCAGACACCCCAGAACAUUCCAGCGAUUACCUUCGUCCUCUUCUGAGCUUCGCUGCUGCCCAUGUGCCUGUGAGGAAGCACAAGGAGACCCCACUGUACAUUCUCUGCACAGCAGGCAUGAGGCUCCUCCCCGAGAGGAAGCAGUUGGCUAUCUUGGCUGAUCUAGUGAAAGAUUUACCUCUGGAGUUUGACUUCCUCUUUUCUCAGUCUCAGGCAGAAGUGAUCUCUGGAAAGCAGGAAGGGGUUUAUGCAUGGAUCGGAAUCAACUUCGUUUUGGGACGAUUUGACCAUGAGGAUGAGUCAGAUGCUGAGGCUCCCCAGGAAUUGGCAACAGGACGCAGAAGGACAGUAGGGAUACUGGAUAUGGGAGGAGCCUCUCUCCAAAUUGCUUAUGAAGUUCCUACCUCAACUUCUGUCCUUCCUCCACAACAGGAAGAAGCUGCAAAGAUCUUGCUGGCUGAAUUCAACCUGGGCUGCGAUGUGCAACAUACUGAACAUGUGUAUAGGGUUUACGUCACGACUUUUCUGGGUUUUGGGGGCAACUUUGCCCGACAGCGCUAUGAAGACCUUGUGCUGAAUGAGACUUUAAACAAAAACAGGUUGCUGGGGCAGAAGACAGGUCUGAGUCCUGACAAUCCGUUUCUGGAUCCCUGCCUGCCUGUGGGACUCACAGAUGUAGUGGAAAGGAACAGCCAGGUCCUGCAUGUCCGAGGAAGAGGGGACUGGGUGGCUUGCAGGGCCAUGCUGAACCCCCUGCUGGCUCGAUCCAACACCAGCCAGGCCUCGCUGAAUGGCAUCUACCAGUCACCCAUUGACUUCAAUAACAGUGAAUUCUACGGUUUCUCUGAGUUCUUUUACUGUACAGAGGAUGUGUUGCGCAUUGGUGGCCGCUACCAUGGACCAACAUUUGCCAAGGCUGCUCAGGAUUACUGUGGCAUGGCAUGGUCAGUACUCACUCAGAGAUUCAAGAAUGGCCUCUUUUCAUCACAUGCAGAUGAGCAUCGACUCAAAUAUCAGUGUUUUAAGUCCGCUUGGAUGUACCAAGUUCUUCAUGAAGGAUUCCACUUUCCCUAUGACUACCCAAACCUGCAGACAGCCCAACUGGUCUAUGACCGGGAGGUUCAGUGGACGCUGGGAGCCAUUCUGUAUAAAACACGCUUCUUACCACUCAGGGAUCUACGACAGGAAGGCGUCCGGCAGGUCCAUGGUACCUGGUUCCGUCUCUCUUUUGUCUACAACCACUAUCUCUUCUUCGCCUGUAUCCUGGUGGUGCUGCUGGCCAUCAUCCUGUACCUGCUGCGGCUACGCCGAAUCCACCACCGACAAACUCGAGCCUCAGCCCCGCUGAACUUGCUGUGGAUCGAGGAGGUGGUGCCCAUGAUUGGGGCAGAGGUGGGGCCCUGAGGCCAGACAAGCUCUGGGGAAGCUCGAGUACCCCAGAGUUGCCAUUGAAUUCCGCCACUUUCUGGUAUCAGCCUCAGAUGCCGCGUUGCCUGACUUUGUGGAUAUUCGGCUUUGGAAUUUGAACUUUAAUAUCUAAUUCCUUCUCAAUAUCCAGGUCCUCUUCUCUGAGAGAAGCUGCAAUCUAGUCCGUGAAGAACUAAGUGAGAGAUGGGUGCUAACCAAGGGGACCAACUUUAGUCCAAUGGAAGCAUGCUUCUGCUCUUUUUUCUGAGAGGUCUGGGGUGCUCCUGGGGUCCAGACAUUUCUGUCCUUGCUAAAGCAUGAAGAUUGGCGUUGGGCACACUGGAAGCCUGGUUGAAACCAAAAUUGGAGCAUCUGAUACAAAGUCGAAGACAUUCUAGCACGUGCAGUAGCCCCUUCUUUCUCUGUAACAGAGAUAUCAUUUAUGUGGAGAUCCACAGCCUUUAGUAGGGAUCCAAGAUCUUUGCAGAUCAGUGGAACAGAUAUGAAUUUCCAGGCAACCAAGUAAUACAACCUCUCUGCUUACUCGACAAAGAAGCCAUGAUGAGUGUGGUCCAAGAUCCCUGACAUACUGUUGUUGUUAGUUUGUGAUUUUAAAAGGUUAGAACCCUUUCUAAAUGAAUGGUCCAUUGAAGAUGUAACAAUAUGUUAUCUGACGCCUGGUAUAACCAGGACAGAAAAAUUUUCCAUGUCUAUGUGCCUCACCGGCGCUUUGGGCAUUAAUUCUUUUUGAGCCAUAAGUGUGCUUGUAGGGAUAGAGAAACUGUGAUGGGGACUGGGAGGCCUAAAUUUAUCUGGUUUUAGGUCACUGUCCUCUAGCCCUGUUUUUAUGAGUCCUUAGAUGGGAAGAUUCAAAAAGAGUUCCUUUAUUUCACUGCUAGGAUCAGUAUGUAUUUUGGGAAGGGAUCUAUCUCUGGGUUGUUUUUAAAGCAGGAAAGGACAAUAUCAGGAGAGUGGGCAAAGGCAAUAAAAUCCAAGCUCUUAUUUAUUAAUGUUUUUUUCUGAGAAAUAGAAGUUUCCUCAAUUUUACUCUGGAAUGUUUGAAAAGAAGCAAAUCCCAAACUUUGGAAUAAACAGAUAAAUCUGUUAAUAAUCACCUGGAAACUUUCAGCAUAUUUCUUAGAUUUCUCAGUCACAAACAGCAUUUCCAUUAGUGGGGAGAGAGGAAAAGGCAUGGUAAUUACAUUUUUAUCUGCUACCCUUCAGGCUUUGCUUCUCCUCUGUAUUUAGCCUUUAAAUUGCACAAGGAUUUCUUUUUCAUCAACUGCCAUCUUCCCUCAUGGAACCUUCUUUAUACUUUUAUCUUUUCCUCUAGGUGGCCUUGAAUGACCUGCCCAAGAAUGUGCUCCCAGAGAAUUUUCUUUUUUUUUGUCAGCUUUUAGGUUUAGGGUUAAGUAGGGAAAAGUUCCUUGACUUUAAAGAGAAAGGAAAGUGGAAUUCUUAAAAAAUAAAUUCUACACUGGGAGCAGAAAGGAAUUAAAUGCUUCCUAAAACAGAGAAAAAUAAAUCAAGAUCUUCCUAGAAAUAAAUUGGGAUGAAAUUAAGUAUACUGGCUUUCGUUGGUAGGUGAAAAGAGGAUGAGUCUUGAAUUGUUUUCAAAUUAGAUAACAAUGUAUCUAGCAAAGUGUCUUAGUUUCCUUUGGAAGUAUUUUUUACUUUUUAUUAGGGCUUAUGCCACAGCAAUUUCCUUUAAUUUUUAAGAUUUCUAAAUUCCCUUGAUUUUGACUUCUUAUCUUUGUAGUUAAACUGUGAGUGAGCUCCUGCCUUUGAAUGCUGCCGAUAAAGUUCUAUGUUUUUGCUGGCCCUUGCCUACUCAGGUAGCUCUCUUCCCCUCACCUUGGUUUCUAAAUACUGUUUUUGGUUUUCUUGUGAUAUCUAGUCAGUGAUCUAGUUAGAAGCUACCUAGUUGGCUAACAGUGACCACAUUUGUGUGCUCAGAAUGAAGUUGAAGCAUGGAGGAGAUGGUGACUAGUCCAGUCGGAAAGCAUUUAUUAAUAAAGUUAUUCUUCAUUCUGCUUAUGAUAAUAGUAACUACCUGUACCAAAGCACUUAGAGUGUACCAGAUAUUCCAUUAAGAAUUGGAUCUGGUGUUGCUGUGGCUGUGGUGUAGGCUGGCUGCUGCAGCUCCAAUUCGGCCCCUAGCCUGGGAACUUCAUAUGCUGCAGGUGUGGCCUUAAAAAAAAAAAAAAUGGUAUAGUAAAGAAUUUUAUGUAUGUUAUCAUCAUGACCACCUUUCAGAUUGAUAUUACUUUGUUCUUUUUAUAGUUAAGAAACUCAGGAUACCUGUUUAUCUUUUUUCCAUAUAAAUGUAUUUCUUAUUUAUUUUAACUAGUCUUUGAAUUUUAGUGUGUUAUAUCCUGUUCAUUAUUUUAAUAUUAUAGGAUCUAGGCUUGUCUUUAUUCCCAUGAGUAGAUGGCUCAGAGUUCAUGGUAUAAAAACAAGGACAAAUUUGCACUGUACCACUCAGAAAAACUGAGUAUCUGCUCCUUGGUACUGUGCUUCUUCCAUUGCUCCCAAUUAAAAACUUUCAAUGAAAUCUCAGUAGCUAGAAACAGAAACCAUUAAAACCUUGCUGAGGAGCAAUUAUAUAUAUUGCCUUCUUAUAAUGAAAUACUCCUACUUAGAGAAUCAGACAGUCCAUCUUACAUUUAACCCCCUUUUAGCCCUCUAUUUUUAAAGAUGUCUUUUUCAUUUCCAUUUCUGCAUUUUGUGUGGUUCCCCUGUGAAAAUAAUGAUGGUUUCAUAAAAUUUACAUUCCACUGGUUCCUUUGAAUCUUAUCAAGCAGUUUUCUUUAUAACAGCAGCAGUGACCCUGAACUGUUCUAGUGCUUUUAUUACUGGGAUAUGUCACAAAUGUCAAAAUUGAGUCAGUGGCUUAUAGGAGUGAGGCUUUAUUAUUCUUUGCACUGGCACCAUCUAUCACUUUUCUCUGAAUUCUUGUCAUGAGAACAUAAUGAAAAUAUGUAUAAUACCCAAUUAUACGGCAUUACAUUCACUUAAGUUGCCGCUAGCUCUAAGCCAAAUUAUACCAUCUUUCUCUCUGUACCUUUAGCUCUUUGAUUUUCCUUGUUCAAGGGAAUUUUAAUCACUUUCCACCAACCUUGUAUUUAUUCUCCUAAUGUUACUCAAAGUACUCUGCCUCUGCCCUCCUCAGCGUAAGAAAUUUAUUUAACUUCAAAGGCCUUGGACAAUGAUUAUUAAAAUGCUGUUGAUCUGAGUCUGCCAUGCACUUGCUAAGCUAGUCAUUAGUUAGGCAUUAACAUUUGUUAUCACCUCCAUAUUUACAUAUUUGAGAUACAAUAACUGGCUUGUUGGUAUUACCUAAAUAGAUGCUCCCACCCCACCUCUAUUCUUACAGUUUUGUGUUUUGCUUUUCAUCAGUGAAAGACAAGUGGGUGGUAUGAUUUAGGGCAGAGAACACUGGGCUUCCGAACAGCAGACUGGAUUCUAGCCUUGGCUUUGUCAUUAACUAACUCUGAUACCCCAGGUAAGUCACGUGCCCUCUCUGGUUCAUUCAUCAUCUGUAAACAAGGUGGCUAGACAAGAUGAUCUGAGAACAGUUGGCUUAAGGAACUAAAGGCAGGAAAGGUAGAGAAGUGACAAGUAGUUUCAGGAGGAGGAUUGUGGCCCUUGGGUUUAGAAGACCAGGCUACCCAGGAGAGCCUGUGAUCAUCUUCACUUUAUCCAUAGCCCCUGGCAUUAAGGUUGAUGGGAAUGGAGUUUCCAGUAGCAAUCAGUACACAUCAGUUUCAGAAAACAAGAUGUUUAAAGCGGAGAUUUUAGAGACUUCUGGUUAACCCCCUUGAUUUUAUGGAUGAUGAAACUGACACUCAGAACAGUAGUAAUACAUGCAAAUGAAAUGCUCA